GAAACAAAAACAAAAUAAACUGCCACGAAAAAAAGCCACUAACAUGAAAUGAAUGAAUUUACUGUCGUGUGUCGUCUCUUCUUUGCCAGGUUUUAAAAAUGCUUGUAAAGUUUCCAGAGGAACCAGUCCAGACGUGACAUUCAAACCGAUACAAAGCCAUUGUCAGAACAUUUCUUCCCCAUUCAAAUCAAGGGGCAAAAACAUCAUCAUCGGGCGGAACAAAGAAAAUUCAAAUCUCCCCUCCACCUCUCCCCCAACCGAACUAUCCACCCAGAACCCUGCCCAUAGCAGAAAACAACAAAUCGAAUAGCAUAUUCGUUAAAAAAAAAAAUUAAAAAAAAAUAAAAACAAAAAAUAACGAUCCUUAAUUGAAAUACCCAACAGAAUAUGACCAUUAAUAAAAGUCCAAGUUUUGAGUGAAUUUUUCUUCAACAACAAAGUGCAAAUUAAUUGAAACAAAAGAAAACGCAAAUAAAUAACAAAGAAUAGUGCAUCUGGAAGCCAGAGGCUUGAUUUGUGUUUAAAAAAAUAAAAGUUUUGAAAAAAAAUAAAAAUUUAUUAAAAGUGAUUAAGGAAGUCAUAUUAAAUUAACAGAUUUUUUGUGAAUUAUUCAAGUAUUAUCUCAACGUUUUUCCAAAGGAAUAUUCCAAAAUAAAUUAUGGCUGUCACAGAUGUUAACAACGAUGACGAUCCAAAUACCAACACCACAUGCGAUAAGACGAAAGAGCUCAGUGAACCUGCAGAUUUCGAAAAGGCCAUAAAUGAAGCGGGAUUUGGUUUAUUUAAUCUUCUACUACUUUUCGUGGCAAUACCAGCAACGUUGGCAAAUGUCUUCUCGACCACAACAAUGGCAUAUAUUCUGCCCAUAGCUGAAUGUGAUCUCCGAUUGACGCUCUUCAAUAAGGGAAUGCUGAAUGCGGCCACCUAUGCUGGUAUGAUUGCCUCAGCCAUUGUUUGGGGCUAUCUGGCCGAUACACAGGGUAGAAAGAAAAUUCUCGUCGUUGGCUAUUUGGCAGAUGCGGUGUGUGUAGUUUGCAGUUCCCUGUCGCAGAAUUUUGUUAUGUUGGUAUCCUUUAAAUUUUUGGGAGGUCUGAUAGUUAAUGGGCCGGGAGCUGUUUUGUUUACAUAUUUGACAGAAUUACAUGGUUCCAAACAUCGUCCUAGGGUCUUGAUGAUAUUGGGUAUGGUGCAAUCGUUUGGUACCUUAAUAUUGCCAAUUUUGGCCUGGUUGGUUUUGCCCAGAGACUGGGAAUUUAAGAUCGAUGAUUUUAAUGUCCACACCUGGCAAAUAUUCCUGUUUAUCUGUGCCCUACCCAGUCUCAUAACUGGUCUUAUCCUUAUAAUUUUACCCGAAAGUCCCAAGUUUUUAAUGUCUCAGGGACGCAAUAUGGAGGCACUAAGAGCAUUUCAGAAAAUUUAUGCUUUCAAUACAAGGAAACCAAAAACUUCAUAUCCGAUCCAACACCUUAUCGAAGAAGUGCCCACACGUGAUACAAAUGCCAAUGAUGUCAUAUUUACCAUUGAGAAUAAACUACAAUCGGCAGAUGCGGAAAAUGCCGCCAAACAAAAGGCGAAACGACCACACCGCUCAAUGGCACAGAGUCUGCGCGAAGGUUGGCAACAGGCCAAACCAAUGUUUCAAAAACCAUUGCUCUCUAGGUCACUGCAUGUCUAUCUAAUGCAGUUCUGCAUUUUAUUGGGUUUGAACACCAUUCGAUUGUGGUUGCCACAAUUGUUUGCAUCAAUUGCUGAAUUCGAACACGAAUAUGCCGACACAGAUGAAUCGGCAAAUCUCUGUGUCAUCUUAGAUUAUAGUGUGAAUAAGACAGCCACGGCUAUAGCCACCUACACUGGAGAAUGUACGGCGAAUAAGGAUGUAUCCGUCGAUACAUAUUUGAACAAUAUAAUUGUAGCUAUUGUGGGUUUGGUUGGUUACUGCUUUGCCGGGCUAAUUGUGCGGGCCCUGGGACCAAAACGUUUAUUGACUUAUGGACUGCUAAUAUCUGGAAUAUUGGGUUUCAGUCUGUUUUGGUCUAACAGCGGCCUAACCACAUUGAUAAUAUCUGCCUUGUUUAUAACCGUUUGCAGUAUAUCAACCUCAUCGCUGUUGGGUAUGGUUGUGGCCAUAUUUCCCACAACAUUAAGAACAAUGAUUGUGGCCAUAGCCAUGAUGUUUGGACGGUUGGGUGCCUUGUCGGGUAAUUUAAUGUUUCCCGUGCUGGUGGAAAUCGGCUGUGUUCCGCCAUUUAUAAUGGUUGGCGUGGUGUUGAUAUUUUCAAGUGCCUUAUCCUGCAUAUUACCGAAGAAAACAACCUUUACAUAGGACUCUUAUUAGUUAAAUUGAAAUUAGAACAAAGUACUUAAUCUAUAUACAUACGGUAUUUUAGAAUAAUUAUAGUCAUUGUUUGGAGGAGGAUUGUGGAGUUCAGUUCAUGUGAAUUGUUUACGAUUUGAAAUGUUGAACAAAUUAACUCAAAUGAUAAUCUCUAGAAAGUGAUAUAAUUUUAUUUUUGUCCGCUGGAAAUUGAGAGAUCUAAUUCGAGUCGUAAACCUUGCGAUGGUUGUUGUCAUAUAUAAUUUGAAUGUGAUUUUUUAUCUUAUCAUAGUAGAUCAUAAAAUUGUAUUUUUUUAUAAAAUUAUUUUAUAAAACUAUGUAAAUAAAGAUUUAAUAAUUUAAGAAAUA